AUGAGUCCACAGUCAGCCAUUCGAUUCAAUGACCCUCCAGUGACCAACUACAAUUCAAUGGAUGUGGAUGAGUCCACUGUGUCCUGGGCAUCACUAGAUAAUCUAUACCUAGGGCUGGAUGAUGACAUAGAAUAUGAUUCUCUGUCAUCUGAAUCACUGGAUGUCUUGGCUGCAAUACCUGAUCAAUCACCUCCAGCUCAAGCUGAUCAUCCAUGUUUUCUCAUUGAUCCAGACUUGUACCUCAGGCCUGAGGAUGAUAUCAUUGAUGUGGAUGAGUUGCUGGAUUCUGCCGAUCCUAAGAUUGAUGUUCCAGCUGCAUCAGAAGUGUCUAUGUCAUUGGAUGACACCUCUAACAAACUUCAGUCAGAGCAGCCAGAGCUCACUAACAAAGAUUUACAUUUGAUGGCCCAGGAGUUCCAACCAUUUGGGUCAUAUGAACACACUGGGUUGCAAUCCAUUCAAGAUCGACUUGGUGAUUACAAACACCAUACUGGGGAUCUUCCUGAUCCUUCCAUUCCACUGCUACUUGAGGCUGAGCAACCCUUCUGGAUGGCUUGGGCAGAAACUUCUGACAAACUCAGAAGAGCUGAUGCGGACCUCCAGAGGUUGCAAAGAGCCCAACAGAUGAGCAUUGAAAUGCUCAAGGUAGUAGAUUCACUGAUCAAUCGGUUUGAAGAUCAGAUUCAAAUGUAA